AUGCAGGAAGAUACUGAGGCUGUCCCGGAUGUCAUGAGUCCUUCAGCUACCAACGAUUAUACUACUCUUGAGACUGCCGCACAUGCUCAACAAAAAAUUGAGCAUCAGCUCACUAGAUGGCAGGCAAUGAAGACAUAUCCCAAGGCUACUGCUUGGAUUCUGUUCAACGUUUGGGUUAUGAUUUUGGUAGGCUACGAAAAUCAGGCUGGUGGUAUCGUGAUCUCAAUUCCCCAAUUCAGAAAAGAUUUUGGAUACUUCUAUGAGGGUACCUAUGUUCUUGACGCAACCUGGCAAUCGAUGAUGUCCGGCAUUCCCACAGCAGCAAUGGCAAUCUCCGGUUUUGGGGUAUCAUACUUUGCUGACAAAUUUGGAAGAAAAUACAUCCUGAUUUUGAUGUUGGCCAUCACAAUUCCAUCCAUUGCCAUGGAAUAUGUUGCUACUGAUAUUCGUCUUUUUAUCGCGGGUAAAUCGGUGAAUGCAUUAUGUUUGGGAUGUUUCAGCACUCUGUGUCUCACUUACGUCUCCGAAAUCUCUCCAAUGGCCCUCAGAGGCUGGGCUGUUGCUUCAUGCACCUUGUCGAUGAGUAUUGGACCUUUUGUGUGCUAUCUCAUUAAUAACACCACGGCAACAUAUACUACAAGAAUGGCAUAUAGGGCUGUGUUCAUUCCACAGUGGGUGUUUUCUGUUUCAUGUCUUUGCUUAGCUCCAUUAUUACCAGAGUCACCCUAUUACCACAUUAAGCAGGGCCAAACUGAAAAAGCCUUGAACUCUUUGAAAAAACUAUACAAUUCAACACAGGCUCAACAGCAGUUUGCGCUGAUGAAGGUCACUUAUGACGAGUUGCAGUUAAUCACUCAAUCAUCCACAUAUCUGGAUUGCUUUAAAAAGAAGGAUAUCAAGAGAACUUUUCUGGUCCUAUUUGGUAUGUGGACAGCACCAAUGUGUGGAUUGUACUUUGUCGCCUACUACUCAACAUAUUACUAUCAGCUUGCUGGAAUGACUACUGAAACCUCAUAUCAGUUGAGCUGUGGUGCUCAGGCCAUGUCGAUGGCCGGUGUUAUUACAUCAUGGUUUAUUAUGGACAGAUUUGGUCGGAGACCUUUGAUGAUGAUGGGACUGGGUUCACUGGUGAUUCUCAACUUCAUUGUUGCCGGAGCUGGAACAAACACGGGAAAUCCAGUGGCAAUGAAAGUAGCAACUGCCUUCAUGUCCAUGUAUAACUUCUUUUUCAAUCUGGGUAUGGGUCCAAUGCCAUCCAUCUUGAGUGCUGAAAUUUCUUCCGUCAGCUUGAGAGGAAAAACCAUCUCGUUGGGUGCUAUUCUCAACUUCUCGCUUGCCUGCAUGUGGUCUUUUGUUUUGCCCUACAUGUUCAACCCAGAUAAGGCUAACAUGGGAUCUAAGAUCAACUUCAUUUUCGCCGGUAUGUCCGUUGUGUCCCUGGUUGUUUUCUACUUCUUUCAGCCCGAAACAGCAGGUAGAUCUUUCGAAGAAAUCGACGAGAUGUACGAUAAGAAUAUUCCUCCACGGCAAUGGUCGAGCUAUAAGACUGAAAAGCAGACUCUGAGCGAAAAAGGUUUCUUAGACCUCAAGGCCGAAGCUUCUCAUAUUGAAUUUGUGGAUGAUGACUGA